UUUUCAAUUAUUUUAUAAUCACACCCCAAAAGAGCAAAAAUUGUUAUACCCGUUCCUGCUGUUUUCUCUCUCUUACUCAAAGUUUCUAUCUUUAGAUUAGAGACUCUGGUUCCUUCUCCUCCUUUUAUUCUUUUCCCUAGCAGAUAAUGUAAAACCCAGCAAAGUUUUAACCUUUUAAAAAUUAAUUUUCUACCUGCAAAUUUUCCUAGGGGGAAAAAACCCAAAAAGGAGAAUUUUGUGUCUGUGUGUGAAAAAAAUGGCCUUGAGUAAGUUCUGGGGUUUGUUUCUUAUCCACAUUGCUCUGUUUUCCAGCUUGUGUUUGGCUGAGGAUCCGUUUGUUACCUAUGAUUUUGAGGUCUCUUACGUCACUGCUUCCCCGUUGGGUGUUCCCCAACAGGUUAUUGCUAUAAAUAACAAGUUUCCAGGCCCUACCAUCAAUGCCACUACUAACUAUAAUGUCGUCGUCAAUGUUCGGAACAAAUUGGACGAGAGUUUACUCAUGCAUUGGUCCGGGAUUCAACAGCGGCGUAGUUCGUGGCAAGACGGUCUGCUCGGAACUAAUUGUCCAAUUCCGCCUAAGUGGAAUUGGACUUAUCAGUUCCAAGUUAAGGACCAGAUCGGUAGUUUCUUCUACUUCCCAUCUCUGCAUUUCCAAAGGGCUGCUGGUGGUUUUGGUAGCUUUAUUAUCAACAACAGAGCGAUUAUUCCCAUUCCUUUCGACACCCCUGACGAGGACAUUACCAUCUUGAUUGGUGAUUGGUACACACGAAAUCACACGGCUUUGAGAAAGGCUCUUGAUGCUGGACAAGCUCUAGGGAUGCCAGAUGGAGUUCUUAUUAACGGCAAAGGCCCUUACCGAUAUAACGAUACUCUUGUACCUGAUGGGAUCGAUUACGAAACGAUUAAUGUCCAUCCAGGGAGAACUUAUCGCCUUCGAGUGUACAACGUGGGAAUAUCGACCUCCUUGAAUUUCAGGAUUCAGAGUCAUAAUUUACUUCUUGCAGAGACAGAGGGAUCGUAUACGGUGCAGCAGAACUACACUAGCUUAGACAUACAUGUAGGGCAGUCUUAUUCAUUUCUGCUAACCACGGAUCAGAAUGCUAGUACCGAUUACUAUAUUGUUGCUAGUGCAAGGUUUGUGAAUGAAUCGCAGUGGAAACAAGUUACCGGUGUUGCCAUUUUGCGUUAUUCUAAUUCGAAAGGAAAGGCAGCCGGUCCCCUCCCCGAUCCACCGCAGGACGAAUACGACAAAACCUUUUCGAUGAACCAAGCUAGAUCUAUCAGAUGGAAUGUAUCUGCCAGUGGUGCUCGCCCGAACCCUCAGGGAUCAUUUAGAUAUGGUUCAAUCAAUGUGACCGAAAUUUACGUUUUGAGGAACAAGCCACCGGAGACUAUCGAGGGGAAAAAACGAGCAACACUAAGCGGGAUAUCCUUUGUUAAUCCUGCAACACCGAUCCGGCUUGCCGACCAGUUUAAGCUCAAGGGAGUAUAUAAACUAGAUUUUCCCACUAAACCACUUACAGGGCCACCAAAAAUGGAAACAUCCGUCAUAAACGGAACAUUUAGGGGAUUUAUGGAAGUCAUCCUACAGAACAAUGACACCAAGAUGCAUACCUAUCACAUGAGUGGAUAUGCAUUUUUCGUCGUGGGGAUGGAUUACGGCGAGUGGUCGGAGAAUAGCAGGGGCACAUAUAACAAAUGGGAUGGGAUUGCCCGCUCCACUACACAGGUUUAUCCCGGUGCUUGGACCGCAAUCUUGAUAUCACUUGACAACGUCGGAGUAUGGAACAUUCGAACCGAAAAUCUCGACUCAUGGUAUCUUGGCCAAGAAACGUAUGUCAGAGUUGUCAAUCCCGAGGCUACGAACAAAACCGAGUUGCCUAUGCCCGACAAUGCGCUCUUUUGCGGCGCCCUCAGCAAAUUACAGAAGCCGCAGGAUGUCUCCUCAUCGGCUACAUCAAUCAUCGUCGGUAGAUCAAAAUCGUUCUUCGUGGUGCUGAUUAUUGCCUCGGCACUAUUUCUCGGUUCCCGCUAGGUACAUUUCUUUCGGGGCAGUCCAUGCUCGUCCGAAACCGUGGUUCACAAGUAAGGUCUGUGUUUGUAUGUUUUUAGGUGUGCUAGUGUUCGUUGAUAUGAUGAAACUUGGGCUAUUUUGAUCAUUAUUUUUUGGUUCA